UUAAUUCACUCUUCUACUUCCAACCCUCACAAUCGGAUCCGACAUCAGGGAGAGCGGUCAUGACCACUCCAAUUGUGCGCAAGAAGCGCAACUUCAAGGCACUCCAGCUCGAUGUGUCCAAGUCCGUGCAGCCCGCGCCUACUCCGCCGCCGCCAGUCCAGAAUCCAGAACCUGUCGCGACUCGUGCUCCCCCGCAGGCAAAUGGACGGAAGCGCCCUCCUCCGAUGAAGCUUGCUGCACCAAAAGUGAGCGCGACAGCGUCCCCGGCAGAGGACAAUCUCUUAACCGUCAACGGAGACAAAUCGACCUCGGCACCCACAACAGGCACCGUGUCUGCUACACGUCCCUAUCAUAAUGACUUGACACAAAAACUCGCCAAUCUUGACAUGAACGCGGAGACAAAAUACGACUUGCGAAACGAAGAUCUGAAGGAACUGCAAGAGCUCGGCCAGGGCAACGGAGGAAGUGUGAAGAAGGUUGAGCAUAUACCAACUGGUAAAAUAAUGGCCAAAAAGAUUGUUUUGAUAGAUGCAAAACCUUCUGUGCGAAAACAAAUCCUCAGAGAACUACAAAUCAUGCACGACUGUCACUCCGGGUACAUCAUCUCCUUCUACGGCGCCUUCCUUUCGGAUCCGAAUGUAUGCAUGUGCAUUGAAUUUAUGGAUAAGGGUUCUCUAGAUGGCAUCUACAAACGUAUCGGCGCCAUCGACAUCGAUGUUGUUGGGAGAGUCGCGUUGGCCGUCCUGGAGGGCCUGACCUACCUGUACGACGUGCACCGAAUCAUUCACAGAGACAUCAAACCUUCAAACAUCCUAUGCAACUCCUCGGGCCAGAUCAAAAUCUGUGAUUUUGGUGUGUCCGGCGAGCUCAUCAACUCCAUCGCCGACACUUUCGUCGGAACUUCUACAUACAUGAGCCCUGAGCGUAUUCAAGGCGCGCAGUAUACUGUAAAAUCUGACGUGUGGUCACUUGGCAUCUCGUUGAUCGAGCUGGCGCUGGGACGAUUCCCAUUCUCAGAGGAUGACGCGUCCGAUUCCGAUCUUUCUGAUCUUGAAGACCUCGAGGGAACGCUAUCACCACAGCGACCUGGCUCUCUCCUUGGUUUGCCACUACCUUCUUCGCGUAAGAAGGAUAAGAAUGAGAAGACUAGCAAAAAGGAUAAGCGAAAGAGCAAGGGUGUCAGUUUGCAAGGUGGUGGGAUGACCAUGAGUAUACUGGAGCUUCUUCAGCAUAUUGUGAACGAACCUGCACCACGAUUAACGCCUGAAGGUCGUUUCCCGAAGGAAGCGGAAAACUUCGUGGACAGCUGUCUGUUGAAGGAUCCGGAUGACCGUUUGACGCCUAAAGAUCUCUUGAAUCACCCCUGGAUUGUGCAAUCCCGGAGCUCCUCUGUUGACCUUGAGGCUUGGGCGAAUAGCUUUUAGCGGCCACCCUCUCUUCAACGUAAUACUACUUCUUGCAAAGUCUUUGCUCUUUUGUCACCUUGCAAUAUUCCCGUUUGUACAUCAUAUACCGAAGCUAGGGCAGAGCAAACUUGAAGUUGGCCGUGGCGAAGUUGUGCCUUACUCCGUCGCUGCUUGCGAUAACCAUCUACACACGCUCAUUCAUUCAUUUAUCCAUCUUUCUUUUUUUAUCGCUGCGUUCCCCUUUACCCUUUCUUUCUCUCUCUUUCUCUGCGCCAACCUGCUUUAUCGUUUCUGUUGCGCCAAAGUGAAAACUGAUGUGAAACCCACACAUUGUAUGUAUCAUAUAUAGAUUUUGGAUUCCC